GAGAAGCACGAGCCUUAACCUCCCUCAACCCAUCCGCCUCUUUCUCUCUGCACAGGUCAAGCUAUAUUCUUCCUUCGCGCUGCCUUUCUCCCCUACACAAAUCACCAACGAUCCUUUUCUUCACUUUUCUACAUAUAAAGAUUCUCACAUUUAAGAUUUUUCAAAUACACCCACUGCAACGCUUACUCACAAUGCCAGCUCAGAAGCGUUCCUACGAUAACUCCUCCGUUCUCCCUCCCGACGACGCUCAUGAUUCCUCGCCACGCCACCACUCCAACAACCACCACCAUGAUGAAGCUAGUGCUGCAGGAGCAGCUGCUGCUGAUGCUGAUGUGGAUGGUAACGAAUCUGAUCGAAGCUGUUCGUCUGGUAACGAGGAAAAAGACGAGUUUGUCCUAGUAAAGUUGUCUGAUAUACGCAAGGAAGUGCAAUGUCCUAUUUGUUUGGGUAUCAUUCGCAAAACGCGGACAGUUAUGGAAUGCUUGCAUCGUUUCUGCAGGGAAUGCAUUGACAAAGCUAUGAGAAUGGGGAACAAUGAAUGUCCUUCCUGCCGCACACAUUGUGCUAGUCGUCGCUCUUUGAGAGAUGAUCUAAACUAUGAUGCCUUAAUUGCGGCUUUGUAUCCAAAUAUUGACAAGUAUGAGGAAGAGGAAUUGGCUUUCCAAGAAGAGGAGACAACUCGCAACAAACAGAUCCAAGCUUCCAUUGCACAAACUUUCCAGCGGCAAACAGAAGCUCUUGGCCGGAAACGGACUACUAAACCCUCAGCUGCUGCAUUUGUGAGGAGACCAAACAGUCGUUAUCGAGAUACUCCUCUGGGGAGGAGGAGAAAUUAUCGAACAAAUGAACUUCAGGGAUCUGAUGAUAAUGAAGAUGCAAACGGGGAUGCAGGCAAUAAUUCGUCUUCUGCUGAUGAACGCUCAACAGAAGUUAGACUAAAGAGAGCCAAGAGAUGGCUUGGAGCUCGGUUUUCUCAAUCUUCAGCUGCUGGUAGUGCUGAUGGAGGUGGUGAUGAAAUUGACUCUGAAGUCACUAGAGAAUCGAUAUGUGCAUCUGCUGGACUCAUUGGCCCUUCAGAAAGGCUUGCCUGGGGCAAAGGUGGCAUGCGGUCUCACACACGGCAUGGCAAUGUGAAUGGUAGCAAUGGUAAGAAUACCAGGAACAGCCGCCUCUCUAAAAUAGUUGAUUAUUUCCGGAAUCUGGAGCAAAAAGAUGACCAGUUGGAUAUCCACCUCAUGCUUGUUUCUUUUGAUGAACAAAGAAUCCCAAGUUUGCAACAGCCAUACCUGUGCUGCAGGCCUACAUUGUCGGUGAGGCACUUGUGUCAGUAUGUUGCUCUCCACACUGCACAGCAGGCCAAUGAAAUCGAACUAUAUCUAGUAAAAGAAUUGCACACCAAACCCAACCUUCCAGCCUCUGCAAACUCUCCAAGUUCUAACCCUAGUGUGAUAGAUCUGGGCAAAGAUAAGCUGCAAGUUUUAGACGAGCAAGAAACUUUGGCAGGCCUGAAAACACAAAAUUUCAGCCAAGGCCAACUGCUUCUGGCGUAUCAGAAAAAUUUGUUGACCUGAAAGUGGUGACUGACAGACAUUGUUGCUGGAUUUGUCAUCAAGAAGUAGCUGUUAAUGGUGUUUUUAGAAAGCAAAGGAUUUUUUUUUAUAUAUAUACACACUUAAAUCAGUGAUCACAGGUAGUUUUCAGUUGCUCCAAAGUAAUUAGUCUUGUUAUAUAAUAAGUAAGAGGGGUUUUAGAUAAUUAAAGGUACACAUAGAUUGUUUCAGAAGUAAGAAAUUAUCGGUGUUGUCAUCCAAGUGGGUUAUUGUAACUGAUGUAAUAUCAUACAUAUAUAUUUUUACUUCAAUUUCCUACUCGGUGAUUGUAAUUGUUUAUAUCUACACACUGUGCUUUAAAUUCGUUGUUCCUGCUUUGCCAUUUUAUGAAGAGGCAAGUUGAAUCUGCUUUA